AUGAGUGUUUUUGGCUGGGGUUCGAGUCCGUCUGGAACGAACGAGAAGUUAAUCAUAGCUCUCGAUUUCGGAACCACCUUUUCUGGCAUUGCGUAUUGUUUUGCGGGUCAGAAGGGAGCCAAAGUUGCUACAAUUCAGCAAUGGCCAGGAGCUCAAGGCGAGUCUGUACCAAAGGUUCCAACCCUCAUCAACUACCCAUCCGCAGACAAGACGCACUUCAAAUGGGGUGCCGAAGUAGAUCGAUUCCAGGACAAUAUCGUCGGCGUCAAGCUGCUCCUCGACCCGUCUCAGGAGCGCCCUCAGUACUUGCCCACAGUCAACAUGAAGGAGACCCUUGACAAGUUGCCAAAAGAGCCGGUAUCCGUCGCUGCCGACUUUAUCAGCGCACUUUACAAGCAUGCGUUGUCCGAAAUCUCAAAAGCUGUCCCUAUCCAGUACUUUGAACGCUGCAAGAAGGAAUUCGUCCUGUCGGUGCCGGCUGUGUUGUCCGAUGCCGCGAAGUCUGCCACGAUCAAGGCCGCUGAGAGUGCCGGCAUGUUUCCGGUCACGCUCAUAAAGGAGCCUGAGGCUGCAGCACUCUACACCAUGCACUCGCUGGGCUUUUCCCUCAAGAUCGGAGAUGCUUUCGUCGUAUGUGAUGCGGGGGGCGGAACAGUCGACCUUAUAUCAUAUGAAGUCGUUGGCCUCGACCCGGAGUUCCAAGUCAAGGAGCUAGUGCCGGGAACUGGUAACAUGGCCGGCUCUCUGGGCCUCAACCAACGCUUCGUUGAAGCCGUCAAGAAACUGGUCGUCAAGCGCUCCUUCCAUGGCGAUUCGGAGGAAGAGUACUUCCUCAACUUUCCAAUGGCUAAUCUGGAAGAUAAGCCAGAUCAUGGACUGCAGUCCAACUGCUGGAGGAUGACUGGGGAAGACCUGAAGAAUAUCUUUGCUCCCCUAGUCGAUGACAUUUUGGCCCUGAUUAACGACCAAAUCAAAUCAGCGUACAGAAAGCGGCAGAAUCACACGCGCCGUGUCACAUCGACGUGCUCGACCAAGCAUUACGGCGUGGCUUAUUGGGCAGUCCACGACCCACUUGUCGACGUCGGCGUUCCUAUCAGUAACCCCUGGCGUGACGGAACGAAAAGGAGCGAGAGGAUUGGGGACGACAUCGGGCGUGAUCAGAAGAUCGAAUUCCCUUUCUUCCGCGAUAUUGACGGGGACUAUUCAUCGGCUGACCUCAUCUUCGUGGACGAGCUUUAUCAGUGCGACACACAGGACGCCCCGUUGCACCCAUCAAAGGGCCCUAAGCUUGACGUGAAUUGCCGCCUUACAUCUGACCUGCGUGGAGUACCGAGCCACCAUUUUCAAAUAAAUCAUGACUUGAACUGGAAGCCUUAUUAUCGGGUCAAUUACAAGCUCAUCGUCUCACUCGAGUCUGCCUUGAUGACCUUCUCCCUUGAAAUCGGGGGCAAGCAGAUGGGAAAGGUGGAGGCCAAGUUCUGA